UAGGAAUACACAGUUCAGCAUCGAACAGGGAAAAGGCAUUUAAAACGGUUUAUGUUUUAUCCCUUCCCCCUUUUCUCCCAGCAGCCUCUGCCGGUUGCUAGGGAGCGGGGCUUGGACUGGACCCGGGGACAAUCUUAAGGCCGAAGCUGUCUCCUCCAUCACUCCCGCCGGUGUCACCAUGAGUACCAUGUGCGCUGACACUAUCCUGAUCGUCUUUAUCUCGGUCUGCACUGCCCUGUUAGCCGAAGGUAUCACAUGGGUACUGGUGUACAGAACUGACAAGUACAAACGACUGAAGGCAGAAGUAGAGAAACAGAGUAAGAAAUUAGAAAAAAAGAAAGAGGCUAUAACAGAAUCUGCCGGGAGGCAACAAAAGAAGAAAAUAGAAAGACAAGAGGAAAAAUUGAAAAAUAAUAAUCGGGACCUCUCAAUGGUGCGAAUGAAGUCUAUGUUUGCUAUUGGAUUUUGCUUCACAGCUUUGAUGGGCAUGUUUAAUUCCAUAUUUGAUGGAAGAGUGGUAGCUAAGCUCCCAUUUGUGCCUUUGUCGUACAUCCAAGGAUUGUCCCACCGCAACCUUCUUGGCGAAGAUUAUACUGACUGUUCUUUCAUUUUCUUGUACAUUUUAUGUACCAUGUCCAUUCGACAGAAUAUUCAGAAACUACUGGGUCUGGCUCCUUCACGUGCAGCUACCAAACAAGCUGGAGGAUUCCUGGGACCUCCACCUCAAGCAAGCAAAUUCUCAUGAUGUGACAGUUGUGUAGUAUUACGCAUCAAAUAUCUGCCUAUUCUAUGUGGCAGUAUAAUUUGUACUUUUCACAGCUAAAAAGACAAUUUCUUUGUAUCUAGCAAUGAUUGAAAUGCAGAAAGGCUGGUGUGUAAAAUUGUUGAAAUAUUUACAUGAUAUUAAACUGCCAUUUUCGGGAUACAAAAUCAGAUGCCAGGUAAAUAAUUUGCUGCAUGGUUGUGGUUUGUGUCAUAAUUUAUUAUUGAAUAAAUAACGUCAUUAGGCUUAAGAUGGUGAAAUAUUAAAACAAGUCCUGAAUAGCAGAAGUUACUUAUUUAUGGUUAUAUUGGGUUUGAUUAAAUGUUCAAUUUCAACAUGACCAUGUAUGCUCUGAAGCAGUUUUUUGUUUUGAAGUGUUGGCCCACAAAAAGGAAGAUUAAUUUGUGUAAUGCAGCUGAUAUCUGAAAAGAAUAAAAGCUUUAAUCUUUCAAGAUCCAAAUCUGGUAAAUUUUGAAUGCAGCAAAAAAUAAAUAUGAAUUUGAUUCCACUUUACAAUUCACAGUUGAAGCAAAUUGUUGUCCUGCGUUACUUCAGUCUUUUUUAAAAUGUGUCUGUUUAGUCUCUCCUGUAGAUAGAUGCUUUGAGGACCUGAAAAUGGGAGAAGGAAACUACACUGGGUAAUAGCUAGAUACAAGUAUUUUGCCAGGAAUAUUGGUGCUUACAAAGGUGAUGGACAUUUGUUCUAAUGAAAAGAAUACUUUCCCUCUUUCUACAACCAAUGCUUCUGCAUGAAUUUUUGAGGUUAGGUGUACCAUAGGUCACAGGUGAAGCUCCUUUUGCUCUUCCUCAACAAUAUGACAGGAGUCAGAUGUCCAGAAGAGAUCAAGCAGAGCAUGUACUCUUCAGUUUGAUAGAGAUGGAGUACUGUACUGUUAGAAGUGCCAUCAUUUGGAUGUGAUGUUAAGCUGAGAUCAUGUUCGUGUGCUGUGGGAGUAAACCAUCUUGAGGCACCAUUUGAUGGAAAAGAGGGAGUUUAAAUUUUCGAUAAUAAAUAAAAACAAAAUGCUGGAAAUA